UAGUUUGGUGUAUAUAAGGGGCGGCGAGGGCGUCCAUGCAGCAGUCUGCGGUGAUUCGGCGCCACGCAAAGUCACGCCAAGUUUUGCUCUCUCAUCUUCAGUAUGAAAUUCUUGGUGCUGUUGGCGCUGGUGGGCGUGGCGUCUUGCCGCACCUCCCUCAUCGGGGCGGAUCGGGCUAGGGACGUCGACCUCAAAUACACUUACGUUAACGACGAAGGAAAGGAAGUGCGAGUCAAAGUCGAGGCCGGACGUCUAGGCCUGUCCCUCCGGAGGCAGCCCGACUCGGAGCUGGACGUCGAGAAGGAGGUCAUUUCUGACGGCGAGGAAGCUUCUGACGACGUCGCGAACGCUCGCCGGGUCGCCGCCGCUCCGGCAGCGAAAGCUCCUGCCGUCCCACCCCGCUACGCUCAGGCCGAGGCCGCCCCGCGAACUCGCCUCGUCCAAAAAGCUCCUCGCAGACAAGAAACUCGCUUCGUUCAAGUGGGAGCCGUUCCUGCUCCUCAGCCUGAGGUGAAGACGCGCUUCGUUCAGGCACCUGCUCCCCAGCCUCAAGUGGAACCGCGUUUCGUCCAAGUGGAGGCUGUCCCUGCUCCUCGACGUGAAGUGGAAACGCGUUUCGUUCAUGUCCCCGUUCCCCAGCCCGAAGUGGAAACGCGUUUCGUCCAAGUGGAAGCUGUCCCUGCUCCUCGGCGUGAAGUGGAAACACGUUUCGUCCAAGUGGAGGCUGUUCCCGCUCCUCGCCGCGAGGUGGAAACGCGUUUCGUCCAAGUAGAAGCUGUCCCUUCACUCUACGAAGCGGAAACGCGUUUCGUCCAAGCAGGAGCCAUUCCUGCUCCUCGGCGUGAAGUGGAAACGCGUUUAGUCCACGUUCCCGUUCCCCAGCCCGAAGUGGAAACGCGUUUCAUCCAAGUGGAAGCCGCUCCUGCUCCUCCCAGUUUCGUCCAGGUACAACCUCAGGUUGCCGGCUAUUCCGCCGGGCGCCGCGGUCGGCGUCCUGCCCUCCGAGGCCGCUUCUACUCGUCCGAUGACAACAGCGCCGAGAAGUGAGCGCAGGGUUAAUCCUUCUGGUUCCACGAAGCCUCUGUCUCUUCCUACUGAAGUAUAGGCUGCACCCAACUAAUCUCAUGGGUUUGUAAGGGGGGAAAAAGGGCUUACCAUUUUCUUGACUUUUCUUUAUUAAAAUAAAUAAAUUUUGGAAUGUAACCAAUUCUUUGUCAUUUUACUGUAAUCUGCAUUUCAUCGACCUCUUCAUGCGAGUAAAUUCAGUCCAGGUAUA